AGUUUGGGACUGACCCAACAUGGCGGCGUGCUGGAGGAGUGUGGCGUCUGCGGGGAGGACGGUCCUAAAAAGACAGUUACUGGACAAGAACAAUUUGAACAGGCUCCCAGCAGGUCUACACAGACAGUUGGCGCUGCAGGCAGCACAGCAUGUGGCUUUAAACGUCCCUGAAACUAAAGUCACCACUUUAGAGAACGGACUCCGAGUGGCGUCUGAGGACUCGGGACUCUCCACCUGCACCGUUGGCCUCUGGAUUGAUGCUGGAAGUCGAUAUGAAAAUCAGAGAAAUAAUGGAACAGCACAUUUUCUGGAGCAUAUGGCAUUCAAGGGCACAAGGAAGCGCUCUCAGUUGGAUCUGGAGCUAGAGAUUGAAAACAUGGGGGCUCAUUUAAACGCCUACACAUCCAGAGAGCAGACUGUGUACUAUGCUAAGGCCUUCUCCAAAGACCUGCCCCGAGCUGUGGAGAUCCUGGCGGACAUCAUUCAGAACAGCACUCUGGGGGAGGCAGAGAUUGAGAGAGAGAGAGGCGUUAUUCUCCGAGAGAUGCAGGAAGUAGAAACAAACCUACAGGAAGUGGUGUUUGAUUACCUCCAUGCCACGGCCUACCAGUCCACAGCCCUGGGACGCACCAUCCUGGGGCCCACUGAGAACAUCAAGACCAUAAACAGAGGAGACCUGGUGGAGUACAUCACCACUCACUACAAAGGACCCAGGAUUGUGCUGGCUGCAGCUGGAGGAGUGUCUCACAGGGAUCUGAUUGAUUUAGCCAAAUAUCACUUUGGGAAACUCCCAGGUCGAUACGUGGGUGAGGCUCCAGCUCUGCCACCCUGUCACUUCACCGGCAGCGAGAUCCGGGUGCGGGACGAUAAGAUGCCGUUGGCUCACAUCGCUCUGGCUAUGGAGGCUGUGGGCUGGUCUCAUCCCGACACCAUUCCUCUGAUGGUCGCCAACACGCUCAUUGGGAACUGGGACCGCUCGUUCGGAGGAGGGGUGAACCUGUCGAGUAAGCUGGCACAGAUGGCCUGCCAGGGAAACCUCUGCCACAGUUUCCAGUCUUUUAACACGUGCUAUACUGACACUGGACUAUGGGGGCUGUACAUGGUAUGUGAGCCCGGCACCAUCGGGGACAUGAUGCACUACACACAGAUGGAGUGGAUGUCUCUGUGCACCAGUGUAACUGAGGCUGAAGUGGCCAGAGCCAAGAAUCUGCUUAAGACCAACAUGCUCCUCCACCUCGACGGCUCCACUCCAAUCUGUGAGGACAUUGGCCGACAGAUGCUCUGCUACAGCCGCAGAAUCCCACUGCAUGAGCUCGAAGCCAGAAUUGAUGCCAUUGAUGCCACAACCAUCAAAGACGUUUGUACAAAAUACAUUUACAACAAGGCUCCAGCCAUCGCUGCAGUCGGUCCCAUUGAGCAGCUGCCAGACUACAACCAGCUCCGCAGUGGACUGUUUUGGAUGAGAAGUUAAACACGUUUAUGUAAUAUUCAAAUA